GACCCAGACUAUUUGUCAUCUCUUUUGAGAGCUUUCAGAUGACUAGCAAAACCAAACUUGAUAUCAAAACCCAGUCACAAGAGCCGAUGAGCAUUCAUAGUAGAAGUACUUAAUUACUUACUUAAUUAUUUGAUGAGCUUUCCUUGUAUCACAAAGAGAACAAGCAAAACUUCGUCAUAAUCCUUGUAAUUACUUUUCGGUUACAUUGGGAUGAAUUGUAGAGCUUGGAGACAAAUGGUUUCCUUUCGUUUUAUUGUGGUGUCUUUUGAUAUUUAUCGUCGAAUUAUACAUCACUACGAGUAUCUACGUAACCCGAGGUAUAAAUGGAUAUAAAACCUCUUUACAGCUUUUUCUCUGUAAUUCAUGACAUACACAACGUCACAAGUAACUUUUUUGUGUGAACUUUAUUAUUUUGAUAUUCUUAUUACAUAAAAGAAUCCUGUUUUCUAUAUUAUAUAACGUUAAAUAACCCCUUGGAAAAUACACUUUCUACCAACUUCACCGCUUUUCCGACCUGGAUAUGAUAAAUUAUGAGGGAUUGUAUCGCUGAACUCAUUUUACUUAAGCUGCAUUAAGAUUCAUGGCCUGAAACUGUAAACAAAGAAGUUUAAAUUGAGGCUUUACAAUUGGAUUAUGUUCUUACGAAUUUCGUAAAAGCGUAAAGAAUACUUAAGCUGAGGAUGAUGAACUUUUGUUCCUAAAUACUCUUUUUGUUUCCAGAUUAUGGAUCGGACUACAGAGGAUCGGAGCUAUCAUUAGUUGAAAAUUGAAGGUGACAAAAUGCUGCACAGAACUUCAUCGUCCAGGCGACGGCGUGCCUCGCGCAGUGCCGCCACGUCACCGCAAGCGAGGUCUCCGAGAGCUUCAGCACAACACUCGAGAAGGGCCUCACUAGCCGCGACAGAAACGGAUGAGGAAAUGGAACCAACCCCACCACCACAGAGAAGCCCCCGCGCAAGCCUGGCACCAGACGCCGCGCUGGACUACCACCGCAGUCCACGACAUUCUCUAGUGCCUGAAGUUAGAUCAGCCAGGAACUCCAUUACACCAGACACCGCUUUACACCCAAGGAACAGCUUAGCGCCAUCUAGGAACAACUUAGCGGUUGAUAUGAACUAUGGUUCAAGACUAAGUUUAAAUCCUCAAGACUUUAACAGGAGUCCUAGAAACAGUAUUACACCUGAUGCUAACGCCAGGAGUCCGCGACGCAGUCUGGUACCUGAGGGUACAUCGUGGAAUCAGCCAAGAAAUUCAUUGGUGCCAGAUGUUGGUAGAAGUCCGCGACACUCAGUAGCAAGUAUUCAAAUUGACCCAGCGCGUAGUCAAAAGGACUUAGGGCCAAGUCCACGCACAAGUCCAAGGGGAAGCGUAGGACCAGAAGCAACCUUAAAGAAGGAAAUUCAAGAGAUGAACAGAAGUCCGCGAGGUUCUUUAAUCCCCGAUUCACAAAGAAGCCCUCGUGGUAGUAUUGCACCUUCAGAACGAAGUGCAAGAGGUAGCCUGGUGGCAACAGAGGGUGAGGCAAACAGAGUGAGCCCGAGAGGAAGCUUGACUUUAACAUUUCAAGAGCCUUUAGUUUCGAGGGAAAGGCGACCGAGCGAAGACAGUCAAACGGCGGCUACUCGCGGCAGGAGCGUGUCUCCAUACCGCGCUUCGCUGGCUGGCCGGCAGAGCGGGACGGGCAUUCCCUCCGAUACCGGCUCGCGUCGAGCCUCAAGCUCAGUAAGUCAGGUAUCCGGUGAUGAACAACGCCGUCUUUGCGGUGAGCAGGCCAAAUACAGUGACAGGACUGGCCUAGGCAUCGGCAUGGGCCUGACGACGUACGGCUCUGUGGCCUACCAGCUGAAGGAUGCAAAUAUGGAGGCCUCAGGGACCGUGGACUUUGUUUGCAGAGCUGCCAAGAUUAUGAACAGGACCAUUGUCAUGACCGUGUUCCUCGCCUUCCUCUCAACUCUGCCGGUUAUUAUGCUGAUUAUGGGUGUCCACUACAUCCGCGACUGCCCCGCCCAGCCCAGGAUCCCAGUCUACAUGGUGGUGGGAGGUGCUGCCGGGGGAGCUGGUAUAUGCUGGCUGCUGUGGGCACAGCUCGCCAGUAGAAACUCUAACUCCUCAGCCAGCGUACCUGAAAAGAUCCUCGCGUAUUUACUCACCAUAUUCUUGUUAUCAUGGUUUGCAUUUGGCAACUACUGGACUUUGGGCAUCAUGUGGCCGGACUACGCCCCGACACUGUUCGAGCCCAACCAGUGGUGUCAUCGCACACUAUACGUGUUCGCGCUCACCCAGCUCGGGGUCGUGUGGGGCCUCAUCGCCCUCCUCCUACUACUUCUCCUAGCUCUCGUCGUUUGUCAGGUAAUGGCCCAGGUACACGAUCCCGUUAAUACCAUUAAUUUUUAUAAAACCAAUUUCGAUUUUUAGCAAUUUGGAUGGUAAACUAACGGGCCUGCGACAGCUAAAAUGAUUUGUAAGUAAUCUAGUGAAAAGGUAGACUUUUUAGGAUUAGCACAUAGCACAACUUGACACACAAAACAUAACCAAAAUACACUCGACACGAAAUAUUGCUUUUUUCAAAAGGGACACAAAAACUAAAGAUGAAUGCAAUGUAAAUGUGCUUCUAAUAUCUCUGGCAAACGAA